AUGCGACCAAUUCUGACGAUCCUACCACUCAUUGGCCUCGCCGUCAGCCAUCUACACACCAAAGAACAAUCAGCUUCACAAUAUCCCCUCUCGGAACCGCAUCUCACCAUCAAUGGCAUUCCAUUCAAUACACGAGUCCACUGGAUGCGAAGAGCAAACCAAGCCCUCUCAGACCUCGUCUCGCCAUGUCCCUUUGGAGCUUUCGGAACCGUGGUCGUGAAUCACACUGAUACGACUGGUCUGGGUGAGUUGGUCUGUAUAGGAGCCAAUUCCAUAAGUUCGACUGGGAAUCCCACUCUGCAUGGUGAAAUCGCAGCCAUCAAUAACUGUACCUCAGUCCUCACAUCCCCAGAUGGACCCUAUAAACUCACUCCCAGUGAAGCUCAAGCCGCCUUCUCCAGUCUCUCCCUAUACACGAAUGCGGAAAGCUGUCCCAUGUGCGCUUCUGCGAUUCGAUGGGCUGGAUUCCGGGAGUAUAUCUACGGAACUUCUAUUGAUAGGUUGAUUGAGAAGGGCUGGGGGCAAAUUCGUGUGGGUUCCAUGGAGAUUUUCAAGCAGAGUUUUGAUCUGGGUAGUGCGGGGAGGUUGAUUGGGGAGGUGUUGACCAAUGAGACGGAUCCGUAUUUUUCGUGGCAGUAUGAUCCGGAGUAUCCUUGUCCGGCUGGGUGUGGGAGGGUUGAGGGGAGGUGUGUGGAGGUUUGA